CCACAAGAAGCCUCUCCUCAUUCCAAGGAAAGCCCCAUUCUGGCAGAUCUUUCGCUGAGUUACAGCCUCCUCUCCGUGUUAUUAUUGAGGGGGAGCGGAGAGGAGGCGGUAGAUCCGCAGUCAUGGAGCUGCAUUAGGAGGAGUAAAGCACCAGCUCCUCUACCCCUGAGGGACAGAAGAAACCUCACGGGCAGGAAUAUACCAGCGAAGGCGGAUCAGAGCGCUGUCAUGCAGUAACACGCACAGAAGAAUCUGAAAGCAUCCGCCGUUAAAGAUGUCCGCGGAGCAGCAGCGCGACCUGACGCGGGCGGAGGUGCAGCGGCUGUCCCGGGAGCUGGCGGAGACCACGCGGGAGAAGAUCCAGGCGGCGGAGUACGGGCUCGCGGUGCUGGACGAGAAGCAGCAGCUGAAGCAGCGGUACGACGAGCUGGAGGCGGAGCACGAGACCGUCCGCCAGGAGCUGGAGCAGCUGCGAGAGGCCUUCGGACAGGCCCACUCCAACCACAGGAAGGUGGCGGCUGACGGCGAGAGCCGCGAGGAGUCGCUGAUCCAGGAGUCGGCAUGUAAGGAGGUGUAUUAUGAGCAGCGCAUGCAAGAGCUGCAGGCAGAGCUGCGACAAGCACGUAACAUCCUGACCAACGUCCAGUCAGAGAACGAACGGCUCGCCACCAUCACUCAGGAACUCCGAGAGAGCAGUCAGAUGGUGGAGCUGCAGAGGUCUCGCAUGCGUGACGAUAUCAAGGAGUUCAAGUUCAGAGAGGCUCGUCUGCUGCAGGACUACAGCGAACUCGAGGAGGAGAACAUCACCCUGCAGAAGCAUGUUUCUGUCUUAAAACAGAGCCAGGUUGAGUUUGAGGGUCUGAAACAUGAAAUUCGUCGUCUGGAGGAAGAUACCCAGUUUCUGAACAGCCAGUUGGAAGACGCCAUCCGUCUGAAGGAGAUCGCUGAGAGGCAGCUCGGGGAGGCGCUUGAAACCAUCAAGACUGAGAGGGAGCAGAAGGCCGCCUUAAGAAAGGAGUUGUCGCAGUACAUGACCAUCGGAGACUCGAUGUACCACAGUCCUUUGAGCAUCUCCCUCGAUGGACUGAAGUUCAGCGACGACACCUCAAUUGAGCCCAACAACGACGAACCCCUCCACAUCUAUGAGAAUGGCUUUGACAAGAUCGACAACAACGACAACCGUGUUUCCACGCCCAAAAAAGGAGAGCGGUUCCACCCUUCCUCCAGCCUCGUGGACAAUCUGCUGAAUGAGCUCAACAUCUCAGAGAUCCAGAAGCUCAAACAACAGCUGCUGCAGGUGGAGCGGGAGAAGGUGACGCUGCUGUCGACCCUGCAGGAGUCUCAGAAGCAGCUGGAGCAGACUCACGGAGCGCUAUCUGAGCAGCACGAGAAGGUCAGCCGUCUCACCGAGAACCUCAACGCUGUCCGCAAACUCCAGGCCAGCAAAGAGCACCAGUCCGCUCUGGACAACGAGAAGGAUCGCGACAGCCACGAGGACAGCGAAUACUAUGAGGUGGAUAUCAACGGCCCCGAGAUCCUGGAGUGCAAGUACAAGGUUGCUGUGUCUGAGGCGAGUCAACUGAAGGAGGAGCUCAAAACGUUAAAGGCAGAACAUUCAGCCUGUCAAUCUCAGUAUAAGGAGGAGCGGGUGCAGCUGGAGAGCCAGGUUGCAUCUUUAAGCACACAGGUCUCUUCUCUGGAGCGCAGCAGCAGAGCCGACCGCGAGCAGCUGGCGCGGCUCGAGAAAGAGCUCCGUCAAGCCAGCGAAGUGGCAGGCGAAUCCCAGGGCAGCCUUAACAUCGCACAAGACGAGCUUGCCACCUUCAGCGAGGAGCUAGCCAACCUCUACCAUCACGUAUGCAUGUGCAACAAUCAAACGCCGAACCGCAUCAUGCUCGACUACUACCGCGAAGGUAAGGCUGGUGUUAAUGGCACACAGACCACAGGCUGGGGCAGCCCUGACGGUCGCGGACGCCGCUCUCCCAUCCUGCUGACCCGCGGCCUCUUCCCCAGCGACGGAGCUUCGUCUCCGGUCUCCUCCGUCCCGUCCCCGGUGCCUGAUCCCCGCAAAGAGCCCAUGAACAUCUAUAACCUGGUGGCUAUCAUCCGUGACCAGAUCAGACACCUGCAGCUAGCGGUGGACCGCACCACCGAGCUCUCGCGCCAGCGCAUGGCUUCCCUGGAGCUGGGUCUCGGGGCAGACCGAGACCAGGAGGCCAGUGUGGAGGAGAUCCUCAAACUCAAAUCGCUCCUCAGCACCAAGAGGGAGCAGAUAGCCACGCUGAGGACCGUCCUGAAGGCCAACAAACAGACCGCUGAGGUGGCGCUGGCCAACCUGAAGAGCAAAUAUGAGAACGAAAAGGCCAUGGUGACUGAAACCAUGAUAAAGCUUCGCAACGAGCUCAAAGCCCUAAAAGAGGAUGCAGCCACUUUCUCCUCGCUCAGGGCCAUGUUUGCCACACGCUGUGAUGAGUACGUGACUCAGUUGGAUGAGAUGCAGAGGCAGCUGGCUGCUGCGGAGGAUGAGAAGAAGACGCUGAACUCUCUUCUCCGUAUGGCCAUCCAGCAGAAGCUGGCGCUCACCCAGCGGCUGGAGGACCUGGAGUUCGACCACGAGCAGACCCGCCGCGGCAGAGCCAUCAGCCGCUCCAAGCCAUCGGCCGGAUCCUCGCGCGGGAAACCCACCCAGUCCCACUAACGUUCAGCCUGAGCUGGAACUCGACAUUCCACCACUUCCCAUAAACCCAGUGCUCCCAAACCAGUAACCUGUCUCGGAUGUAUGAGAGACACUGGAUGGCUGCCUUUAUUUUUGGAAACCAUUGGAAACUCAAACCUUUUAUCGUUGUUAUGCAUUAUACACUCGGCGAAUGAGCAGGAUAUAGUACAUUUACAUUCACAGAAGAACAUUUGGGGGUUCUUUUGACACACAUGGGAAGCCAGAGGUCACAAUGUCCUGAAAACUUUAACUCUUAAAAAUCAACUACAAAAAAGAAAAUGGGCUAAUGUUCUUUUUCUCAAGACAUUCAUCUGUGUUUUGAGAUUCUGUAACCUUUUCUCUUUUAAUGUGGGGUUAUAUCACUUUUUAUUAUAUCGGUCUAUAGUUUGAGGCGUUCUGGUUUAUGAGUCUGUUCACGUAUUUUACACUACUAUUUUAAUAGUAUUUGAUUUCAUUAUGUACGUCCUCUGUAAGCAAAGCUCAACGUCACAUAAUCCAUAUCUACUCCAGUUCUGACAUCUUUAUGAAGUGAAUCCAUAAGAUUAUUCAUGUGUUUUAAUGAAAUGUUGUUUCUCACAUUCACACAUUUUAAUGCUGGGCUUUCGUCUAUAUAGGAAUAUUUCAAAGUGAACAAAUAAAAAAAAAAAGUGGCUUAAUCUAAUCACAAGGCUUUGGUUAAACAACCAGCAAAUCAAUAAAAACACUACAAAAUUGAUUUUUUCAUAACACUUCACAAUAAGGUUCAAAUAACAAUAAACAAUGCAGCCAUUUAUUAAUCUAGAAUAAUUUCUUUAUAUAGGAAUAUGUUUUUAACGUUGUAUAAAUUAACAUUAGGUUAAUGUAUUAUGAAUUAACAAUGAACAAGAGUAUAUUCAUAUAUUACCAUUAACCUGGAUGAAUUAAGAUUGUUCAGUUCACUUAUCGUAAGUGUUUGCAAUUUUUCUUUCGUUCGUUUCAAGCACCUUCGUGGGUCACUGACCUUCUGCAUUCUGUACAAGAGGAAAUGAAUUAAUUCCAAAUUGGAAUGCUGUAAUUCUCUCUGUCUAUCAUGCCAAGUGUCGGUACAUCGUUUGGGUUGGUGUUAAAAGGAUCAGAAGCGCUGAGACGAGGGUCUGCCCUGCUUUACCUUACCCUCAGUUUGGUUCGUUUUUCGUUUAUGAUCUUCAUUCUGACCAUUAGUGCCUUUUUGUUCUUUGAAGAGAGAAUCCUAGCUUAGCGUUUAGUUUUUGUAUUUUAUUUUUCUCACUCCUUAAGGAAGAGCAGCAGAUGACUUGUUCUAAACUUAGCAGCAGCAAUAAGUACAGAAGACGUUCAUUCUGUUUUCAAGUGUGUGAAGAAAUCAAUGAUUAGAGAAAUAAAACAGAUUGUACUGAAUUUGUCAGGUCAGUGAUCCUAAGAGCAAAUUCAGGGGUUUUAGAAAACGUUAUGUUUCGUCAAAUGGUUUGAAGCCAGAAUUAUCAUUUGCCUCGAUAUGAACAAACAUUUUGAGACACGAAACCUGUGUGGUGUUUUGUUGUCGGAGACUGGUGUUAUUCUAGCUUUGUAUGGUGAGGUAGCUGAGGUCAUGUGAUAUCGAUAGUAUUGUUAACAAUUGUGAGAAAGCUUGUGUCCUCUUUCUGUCCAAUUGUUUUGUUUUUUUACAUUUUUAUAUGAGCAUUACAAUUUCAGGAAACAGAAAACGUUGCAUCAACAAGCAAAUGGUGCCACGACAGUCACAUUUUGUUUGUUGAGGCAUAAAAGUAAUAAAUACAGUCAGCAAGUGAGGAGGAACUAAAUUAAGUGCAAUUAAACCAAAACGAAGUUAUGUGGUAACUGAGGUUUUCUGUUUGCUGGAAGUGAUGGCAUUGUGAUAUUCAACUAGCUGUGGAAGCUUAUUAUUGGAAACUCUUAUUAUUGUGCUCCAGUAUUGAUCUAUAAGGACCUAUAAGUUUGAUACCUUUAUAUAAAAUAGCAUUUGUUUGUUUGUAUUAAUUUGUCAGUACUGAACUUUAUAAUGUGCAUUAUUAUGUCAUAUGCAUGUUUCUUUCGGCUAUGAGACUUGUACACGGAACCGAAAACAAACUUAGAACAAAAGUAGACAAACGACAAAAAGAAGAAGAGCGAGUAAUGUUUGGUUUUGAAUUGGUCCCUUACUCUUGAACUAACUGAGUUGAAGUAUUGUUUUCUAGAGGUUUGUCUGUGUAGAAGUAGUCAUGCUGGCUCAAGUCAAUAAAUACAAAUAAAAAGUCACUCAGC